AUGACAGAAUUAAAUUCUUCUUCACCCUUAUCCAUUUUAAUUGGAUCAUUUAAUAUAAAUAAACGUUAUCCACCUUCUGAUAUAAAUCUUUCCUCAUGGUUAACUUAUCCAUCUAUUACUCCUCAUAUUGUUGCUAUAGGUCUUCAAGAAUUACCUUUAACUUUCACGUUUUCCCAACAAAAAUCUGUAUAUGAAUGGACACAACUAUUAGAACAAACUUUACCAAACUAUCAAUUACUUUCUCAUGUUCGAUUAAAUGGAAUAAUUCUUUUUAUUUAUAUACAAUCAUCACAUUUUAAUCAAUGUUCAUCUAUUGCUACAGCUAAACUUCCAACAGGUUUUAUGAAUAUCUAUGGAAAUAAAGGUAGUGUUGGUAUUCGAUUUGAAUUAAAUCAAACAUCAUUAUGUUUCUUAAAUUGUCAUUUAUCUGCUGGUGAAAAUUCCUAUGCAUUGCAAUUACGAAAUCAACAAUAUUCAUUAAUUCAUCAACAUAUGUUAUUUAAAUCUCAAUGUAAAAAAUUUCAAUGGAACAUCAAUAAUCAUAAUGGUGUAUUUUUGUUUGGUGAUUUAAAUUAUCGUCAAACAGAAACAAAUCAAGAUGAAUUACAAGAAAAAACAGAUAUAUUAAAAACAUAUUCAGAAUUCAAAAUUCAAUUUCCACCAACGUAUAAAUAUAAACCUAAUACAAAUUCCUAUGAUUUAUCACGUCGUUCAUCAUGGACAGAUAGAAUAUUAUAUCGAAAUAAUCAUUGUCGAAUACAAUCAAUUAAUUACUGGACAACAUCAAUGAUACGUUUUAGUGAUCAUCGACCUAUAGCGAAAUUAUUUUUCUUAUCACGUUUAAUACAUUAA